UAUGUAUGUAUGUGGUUUGGUGUCUGUAUAUGACAUAUGUGCUCAGUGCCUCCGCCAAAGCAAAUAAAAUGGAUACUGAAAUGGUUGAGAGCAUUGAUGUCACAGAUGAUGCAAGGAGUUUUAGCUGGGCAGUGGACAGCGCCAUAAGGAGUGAGACUGGGUCCAUUUUUGGAGAAUCUCGUGUCCGUAGCUUUGCUUCGUUAGUGGACAGUGCCAUAAGGAGUAGUAGUGCCAGUGAAGCAGAUUUGGGAUCAUCCCCUUCCCCAGUGCAUGCUUUUGCUUCCGCUGUGGAUAUCAGGACUGUUGCUGCACGAUUAUUCACCGUCUCUGAGCUUAACGUAGCCACCAACAAUUUCUCAUUUGACAACAAGAUUGAUGCUGGAGGCCUUGAUGUUGUUGAGUACAGAGGCGAGCUCAUUGAUGGUCAUGAGGUUGCAAUCAAGAGGGUUAAAACCUGGCUAAACUUAUUUGGUAAGUCUGAGUUUGCCUUGUUCUCCCGUUUACACCACAAGAAUUUGGUUGGGCUGGUUGGAUUUUGUGAAGCAAAAGAUGAAAGGCUCUUGGUGUAUGAGUACAUGAAGAAUGGGGCGUUGUAUCAUCAUUUGCAUGGCAAGAAUGGUAGCAGUGUGUUGAAUUCAUGGAAAAUGAGGAUCAAAAUUGCCGUCGAUGUUUCACAGGGAAUACAAUAUCUUCAUAACUAUGCAUCUAUUAUUCACAGAAAUAUCAACUCUUCCAAUAUUCUUUUCGAUGCUACUUGGACAGCAAGAGUAUCUGGUUUUGAUUUGUCGCUGAUGAAUCCAGAACCUGACUGGGAUUACCGAACAAUGGGGACUGUGGGAACAUAUGGAUAUAUUGAUCCUGAGUACUAUGGUCUAAAUGUCUUGACAGCAAAGAGUGAUGUGUAUGGGCUUGGAGUUGUAUUGCUUGAACUUUUAACGGGAAAGAAAGCUAUAUUCAAGUAUGGGGCGAAUGAUUUUGUAUCCACCACAAUAAAAAGUGUGGUGGAUUUUGCAGUGCCAACAAUUUUGGCCGGAGAGUUAGUGAAAAUUUUGGAUCCAAGGGUUGGACCACCCGAUGUGAAUGAGGCCGAGGCAUUGGAAUUAGUGGCCUAUACAGCCAUUCAUUGUGUCAAUUUGGAAGGGAAAGAUAGACCAACCAUGGCUGACAUUGUGGCCAAUUUGGAGAGGGCUUUGGCUAUUUGUGAGAGUAGCCAUAUAUGAUAGCAUUUCCACCGAUGCUAUCUCUGUUGAAAUCAAAUCUAAAGCUCUCUUUAUUUCUUUCUUGUUUUACUUUCAACAUGAUAUUGCCAUCAUAUAUAGCAUUUCCAGCGGUACCGUCUCUGUGGUUUCUCAAUGAUACAGUCCAAACCCGGGAAAGAGGGGACAAAAUAUUGAAAACUUUGUGAAUUCGUAUUCAUUCUUUCUGUAUUUCAUACUUAACUUUAUUGUUUCUUUCGGAUAUAUUGUAUGGGUAAACUCUUGGCCUGUAUAGAUUAGGAGAAUCAUUCUUUCUGUAUCAUUACACUCUAUUUUGGCAAUUUAAUUUUGCACAUUGUAUUUAUAUAGA